UUCCCUUUUCGGUGUGGUAGGCCGGCCUCGAGUUCUCUCAUAUCUACACGUGUAGGAACAUUUAUAACUGAGCCGGCCUGAACCCGACGACCUCUGUUGGGCUUUAGCUACGGAAGGACUCUCUACGCCAUCUAUUACAGGUCGCUAGUAUAUUAUCUAGUAAUGAUCAAGUUUUGGAAUUCAGUCGUUAUCUUUAAUCAUUUUACUCCGCCAUCGCAUUAACCGAUAACUACCUACGGUUAUGCCUCUAUUGCCACCAAACUUAUCUGUGCAUGGGCAGUUGGAACUGCCUUGCCCGCCGAGUCCUAGCCGGCUCCCUCCUUCAUUGGAGGAUGAUAUAAACUCAACAGAUGACGAUGAGUUUGAUGCUCAGUCGUCUCAUGAAAAUCCCAUGAUGUAUUUUCUCACACCACCAACUCCAAGCGAGGACGAUCUUGAGUUCGAAUUCGAGUUUGACGCCGGAAUCGAGGAUUCAAACCGGCCCCGAGAAAUCAUCCGGACUGUUUCCCCUUCCACUCUCGAUGGCCUCAGAAAAUACAAACCCAAGGACAGGUUAGCAGAUUGCGCUAUCUUGGAUGACAACGAAGACGAUGAUGAUGACGAGGAGGACUAUAUCCGCUUUCAUCCUCACGGGCAUACAUCUCUACCAUUUGGCUUCGAGAAGUUCUUCGACCAGACAAGGCCAGCUGCUACUGUCACAUCUCAAACCACAGAGGCUCUACUCUCCCCUGCCUCCUUUCAUGUUGGAUCACCCAAGAUGCGCCCAGCAAGGCGCUUCGCACCCCCACGGCACGUUCGCCGUGGAAGAUCGCCCUCUCAAUCGCUUCAACGACGCCACUCAUGGCGUGAGCCUAGCCCGGAUGUAUAUUCUAUCGAGGAGGAACCAGAGAAGGAAACAAUGAGCGAGUUGGGUUUCAGCACUGAAGAUCUCACUGACGAUCAGGAGGGAAAGACACGACCAAUAGACAUACCGGCUGCAAAGCCCAGGAAGAAGGUCCGGUUUAUACUGCCGGUUAGGGAUUGAUACGCAUUAUUUUCAUCUACGCAGUCCUGGGAAGGACAAUCUAGCAUUCUUGCAUACAAACGGCGUUGAGGUUGAUUGCAUUUACUCUUUUCUUUCUCAUAUAUAAUUAGGAGUGUAUGCCUACUGGGUACCUAGGUAGGUCAGUAGGUAUGGAAAGGGUCGGAGCAUAUACGGCAUAGGUCAUUUCAAACUCUGGGCUUUGGAUAAUAUUUCGGGAUAUAACAUAGGUAGCAAAAUUAAUCUAACCACCUACUUACUUACUCACUUACCUAUCUA